GCUGCAGUGACCGGCAACCUUUUGGCAAUGGAUCUUCAUGGCGUGCCAUGGAGGGCGUCAAAGACUCCCGAAGUCUUCAAAGUCCUGGCGCCCGAUCAGAAGCCCUCGCCGUUGUGGGGGAACUACAUCUCCAGCAGGAGUUAGCCAAGAGUUCGUCGGAGCUCGAUGCUGUGCGAACAGCCUGGGCUUCCUUCGGGCAAAGCUUGCAGCGUCAGCUGCAAGGCUUUUUGUCCCUGGAUGCCAGCCAGGUCGGGUCAGGAGUUUUGAAAGCCCGACAGCUGGUACAAGGGCUGGCCGAGCUGCAACGGGACGAGGAGAGCAGCGAUUUUCUCAGAUCCUUGGAGGAGUCCCAGCGUCGUUGUGAGAGUGUGAACCGGGAGAUGGUGAGACAGGUCCAAAAGCACGAGGAGUUGGUGCGUGCAUUGGCAGCCCUCAAGGAUACGAAUCGACGGUUGGUUGAGCAGAUCCGCAUCCAAAGUGAUGAAAUCGAGACGAUCUCCCAGCAGAAAGCCACCGAUGAGCAACGGCUGCUACUGGCGAAUUCGCGGCAUGACCAGGAUUUCAGUAGCAGUCGCCUGGAGGCCUCGAGGCAGAUGGCUGCAGCCAGAGAUAUUGCUUUAAGGCGCAAGGAAAGGACCCGAGAGCAGAUGCAAGAAGCCCUGAGGCAGUGGAGCGCACAUGCUCAGAUGCAGUUUCAGGCGGUCGCAGCAAUUAGUGAUGAGCAGAGCCAGCUCAGGCGUGAACUAACAGCUUUCCAGGCUGAUGUCAAGGUCUUGGUGGGGAGCGGACUGGACCGGUUGCUGUCCCACGGCCACUUUCAGAAGGUCAUUUGUCUUGGACAACAGCAGCGCAACAGGUUCGCACAAAGCACGCACGCACAGGCAGCCAAAAGCAAACAGGACGCGAAGGAGACGGUUGAAAGUCUCACGACAGAAAUCCGGGUGGAGAAGGAGCAACGCACCCAAGAAUCCUUGAACUUCAGCUAUGAGCAGGAUCGCUACAUGUCACGCACAGCGCAGCUGCAAGCAUCGCUUGCAAGAGACUUGAGCUCUUUAGCAUCUCAACUUCAGGCAUGGGAGCGAAAGAAGGCCGCAGACCACCAGGCGUGGAAGGAAGAAGAGGAUCAGUUGCUGAGGCAAUGUGAAGAGGCUUCGCAGAAGAAGCAGCAGAAAGAGGAGGACACAAUGCGCAUUCAAGCGAAGCAGGAAGAGAUGCAAAAGCAGAUGGGUCUGGCUGAAGAGUCCUUACAAGAUGUGCGGAAGGAAAUCCAACAGCUGAAGAGCCAGUUCCAGCAGUCCGAUGCGGCGCUGUUCGCUGCCAGAUCCAGCACGCAGCACUUGAAUCAGCAGAUCGUCCAGAUGGAAGAGGUGUUGAAGCGUGCUAGCAAGGCUGAAAUGGACACACUGCUGCAAGAUGCGGAGCGCCAUGCUGGCAAGCUUGCCCAGCUCCGCACUUUGGAGGCAGAGGCAAUCAGACAACACCUGCAGGACUUGGAAAUGAAGGUUAGAGAAGAGGAGCAGGUCCUGCAGUCCAUUGAUGGGGAAGUUGGCAAGGAGGUCCAGAACUGCGAUGGGUUGACUGGUGAGAUCUCCCAGGUGCGAACGCAAGUGGAUGAUCUGCAGGACCAACGACGAAGCCUGGAGGAUCGCCUGGCAGAUGCUCGCAGGGAGGGGCUCUUGGAGCAGACCAAGAUGCAGGUUGCCUGUGAUCAGAUCUCCCUUGACAUAGCCGACUUAGAAUGGCAGAUAUGCAGGCUGGAGGAAAAGAUGGAGGUUCUACAGCGCCUGGCAGCUGAUGCCGAAGUGCGCGUUGCCACACGACAGAGCCUAGGUCAAAAUGAGCUGCGUGCGGCACAGGAAGAGCUGCAAGCACUGAAGCGCCGUGUGUCACGGACUGCCGAGCUUCAAAGCCAAGUAAAGGCGGAGGCCAACACAGGGAAACAGCAGACGGCUGCUCAGGAGUUGGACCUGCAAAAACGCCUAGAGACAGUCGAUGCCAAAAAGGGCGAGGACCUGAAAGCGCUGAAGCUUCAGUUGGUCCAUGAGGAGGAGGCAGUGAAGAAGGCACAGAAGGACCUACAACAGGCAACGGGAGAAGGAUCCGAGCAGCUGAAGAGAGCCCAGGAGCAGGGUCGUGCAAAAUUGCGAGCUGCUCAAGAGGCUAAACUGACAGCCGAGGACACUCGCCGCGCCGAGCUGAAGCUCAACAGUGAUGCCUUGGCAGCGCAACAGCGGCACAUGCAAAACCUCGAGCAGAAAACUGGUACUUUGAGGCAGCGCUUGCUUCAGAACGAGCAGCACCUUGGGUGGCUGCAUCAGCAACUGCAGCUGGAGGAGACCAAGGCAACGACUCAGAUGAAGGUGGAGGUGGGCGCACUUGACAGCUCUAUUCACAAGGCGAUGGGAGAAGAGGCAACUUUGACGAAGCAGUUGGAGGAAGUGGUGAGGAAAAAGGAGGAGCAUCCACUGUUGACACAGGCGCCUUUCCCGGCGGAACCUGUGGCCCUGGCAGCUCAAGAGCCCAGCUUCUGCAGUCCAGAGAGUCCUUGGAGGCCGAGCUGGUCAGAGAAUGCUGCAGACCUUGCCAACUUCAAUUUGCUGCAAAACAAGUUGGAAGGUCACAUUGCUCGCUUGCAGCGGCACACGGAAGAGCUGCGCAACAGUCUGGAGGGCGCACAGCGCACACGGGAGGCGCAAUAUUUUGGACACCUUUGGACAGGGUGA